AUGUGGAGAGCCGAAUUGAACAAAAUUGCUACGGUUGAUAAUCUGAGAAGAAGAAACAUUGAGGUUCAAGACGCGUCAUGUGUGUUAUGCAAUGAUGGUGAGGAUUCGGUCUUUCACAUCUUUUCGUCUUGUUAUGUUGGCUUUAAAGAUGUUGCUUUGAUCCAUGAGUUCGUGGGUUUGAAAGGGGCUCAAAAGGAAGCUUUCAAAGGUGUUACUAGGAUUGGAGUUUGGUGUAUCUGGAAAGCUAGAAAUAAAGCGAGGUUCGAAAAUAAGGAGGUUAGAAUUGAGGAGAUUAUUAAUGAAGUCAAGGCGCUUGGCUCGGUGGUGUUGUUUGGCCCCUCGUUUUUGAGGGUGUCGUUUUUGUUUUAA